AUGGGUCCUCUACCCCCAGUUGGAAGUGGAAAUACUGGAUUGCCAGGAUUUCUAGAUUCAAAGCUUUUGCCCGGGUUAUUUUCUCACAUAUCUACAAGGAAGGUAAUGAGCCGGCGGAUGGCAUGGCUCGCUUGCAGAAAUCAGGAUACUGGCAGCUACACUGAAUUUGCUGAUGCAAUGGAACUCGUUGGUUUGAUGGAUGCGGGUCUCAGCGGCAACAGGUUUACAUGGAGCAAUAAUCAAGUGGGUAGCCCCCGGGUUUGGGCUCGCUUAGACAGAGUUCUUUGUAAUGGUAGUUGGAUUAAUUCCUUUCCCCAUUUCCAAGUCAAGCAUCUCCCUCAUGUCAACUCCGAUCAUUGCCCUCUCCUUCUAGCUUUUCCCCCAAUGAUGCAGUAUUUCCUGAAAUCGUUUCGUUUUCAGCGUAUGUGGAUCUUGCAUCAGGAGUAUCCCAAUGUGAUUAGACAGGCCUGGAAGGACGAUCUUUCAGACCAACCCAUGAUCAAUCUCAUGCUCAAAAUUCAGAAGGUCAAAAACCAUCUGAAAGAGUGGAACAAAUCUGUUUUUAGCAAUAUUUUCCAGCAACUCAAAUCAGCUAAACACUCCAUUGCCCAGUUGGAAGAUUAG